AUGCCCUGCGCGAAAUCUUGUUAUGAUAACCAAUCAGAUCAACAUGCAACUACCCCUAUAAUCGGGUUUCCUUAUUCGCAUUUCAAUCUAGGAAAUGUUAGCGUUAGCGUUAGGGAUAAUUAUAAUAAAAUCAUCAUUGAACGUGCACGAUUUUGUGACAAGGAUAGGCGUAAUACGUUUAUUGAGACUGUCCUAAAACAUAGUUUGUUAAUUAUUGCAAACCGUAUUCCCAGUCAAAAAUUCGAUGAAUUAGUCCUUAAAGGGUUAAAUAUCUAUAUGGCUGGCAGCAAUGACUUUUAUUCGCAACGUGAACAACUAAAAAAUUUGAAUUUGCCUCUUACCACCACAUCAUUACGUGCACUGACCCCAUUCUGUAAAGUCCAUACCCUCCUUAAACAAGUUCACAAAACGGGUCUUGGUUCAUCGGCAGCACUAACAACUUCCCUGGUUGCAGCUUUAUUUGUUUAUUUCGAAUGCGUUGAUAAAGUUAAUGAUGAUGUCAAGGAAAGAACGUUAAUUCAUAAUGUGUCACAGUUUUGUCAUUGUCUUGCUCAAGGCAAAGUUGGAUCAGGGUUUGACAUUUCUGCCGCCAUUUGGGGAAAAUUUAAGAUGGUUCUUGCUGAGGUAGAUUCUGGAUCUAAUACACCAAGCAUGGUAGGAAAAGUAUUAGCAUGGCGUAAAGAAAACUCUGAACAAGUUCGUCAAUUGCUACGUGACAUGUCAAACAUGUCGGAUGCACCAAUCGAACCACCUAUGCAAACAAGAUUACUCGAUGCAUGUACAGAGGUUCCUGGUGUAAUUAUGGCUGGUGUCCCUGGUGGUAUUGGAGAUAAUUUUAUUACGCAAGUUGAAACCGUUUGGGAAAAUUGGAACGAAAUGAGUGUUGGACCUUUACUAACAAGAGAAUCUUCAGAUGGAUUUAUGAAAGAGAACUUAGAGAAU